AUGGAUGCCCGAGAAGAUCUGCCUAAAAUAUCAGUGGAGACAGAACAGGAUUGGCGACGUCUUCAGCGAAACAUCUCAACCGCUUUCCUAGAUAGAUUGGACUUGGAACUUGAAUCUCAAGGUACCAGCCAAGACAGGGAAACAUUUCUGCCUCACAUAAACCAAGUAAGCAAAGCAUCUCUCGUUCAAACACGAUGUUCUGAAAGAUGUCAGUUCCUUGAAACACUUUUUGCGAUAACUAGGCCAAAUCUCCGUAUCAACGGACGGACUACCGAGGAACCAUACGAUGACGACGAAGAAAUGGAGCCUUUUGAUGAGGCUCUUGACCGACAUAUUUGGUCGCUUUCCGAUCAGCGACUAAAGUGGGAUAGGGAAAUUGGAGGUCGCCGCCGGACACGUCCCACGGAAGUAGAAGCCCUCGUUCAGGGGGUUUACGCUCAGCAUCGUAGUGUUGACAUGGAUAUUGAUGCGACUCAGAAAUCACAUCCCCCAGAUCUGGAUGACAGCCAACUUGAUCAUGAGAUGGAAGAGACUUUCGUAAACGCUGUUACUAUGUCAGCUCAGCUUUCUCAGUCUAUUUCCAUGCAAUAUGAGCGAGCAAACAGAUUUACUGCUGUUUCGAGCGAGGUGAAGACACUAAAACCUUGA